CGCACGCGCUGUUCGGCUGCGCCUUGCUUGGUGUAUAUGGCGGCUACGUUUUUCGGCGAGGUGGUGAAGGCGCCAUGCCGAGCCGGGACCGAGGAGGAAGAGGAGGAGGAGGAGGAGAGCAGGCGGGAGACUCCGGAGGACCGCGAGGUCCGGCGGCAGCUGGCGCGGAAGAGGGAGGUGCAGCUUCUCCGAAGACAGACUAAAACAUCUCUGGAAGUGGCUCUGCUAGAAAAGUACUCUUGCUCCAAGUUCAUAAUUGCUAUAGGAAAUAAUGCAGUAGCAUUUUUGUCAUCAUUUGUUAUGAAUUCAGGAGUCUGGGAAGAAGUCGGUUGUACUAAGCUCUGGAACGAAUGGUGCAGAACGGCAGACACUGUGCAUCUGUCCCCUGCAGAUGCCUUCUGUGUGUUCUAUCAGCUGAAAUCAGAUCCCUCGGUUUUGCUUUGUCAGUGUAGCUGCUUUGUCGCGGAAGAUCAGCAGUACCAGUGGCUGGAGAAGGUUUUUGGUUCCCGACCAAGAAAGACCACGAAGAUAACUGUUCUCACGUGCCGGCAUGUCACCGAGUACAAAACCUCAGAGUCUGUGGGCAGCCUUCCUUCUCCUUUCCUGAAAGCCCUGAAAACCCAGCACUUCAGAGACCCCGUCUGCUGCUCACUGCUCGAACAACCGAAUAUCGCGCACGGUCUUCCUGCUGCAGUUCUGAGCUACUGUCAAGUGUGGAAAAUUCCUGCAGUUCUGUAUUUGUGUUACACUGAUGUGAUGAAGUUAGACCUCAUCACCGUUGAGGCUUUUAAGCCUGUACUUUCUUGCUCUAGCUUGAAAUCCUUGGCUAAGAACAUUCCUCAAAGCACAGACAUACUGAAGAAACUGAUGACAGCAGAAGGGACUCAGAGCAACAUUUACACGUGACCAGAGGCAUCAGUGGUACAUGGCCUGUCUGCCCAGGCAGCAGCGAGCACUGUUUUGUACUUUACACUGGGUGGGGUGUAUUUUGAGGGUGGUAGAAAUGCAAUAAAAUUUUUAAAAUCA